UUUUCAAGAAUUGGAUUCGAAAUAUAUAAAUAUUUUUUAAAAUUUGUUAUAAUUAUGAAACUUGUCAAGAAAAAAAAUGAUUCAGAUGGCCGAAAAUCCAAUGCCAAUUGUAAUCAGAUUAUUCUUGAUCAUUUUUGGCAUCUAUCCGGAUCGUCCGAAGAACGUCGUUGUCGUAGCGUUCAAAUAAUUGUUCAGAAUUUAACCAAACAAAUUUCCAAUAAUCAAUAUAAUGAUUUAUCAUAUUGUUUGGAUCGUCUGAUUCGUGGUCUUACAUCAAGCCGUGAAUUUUCUCGACACGGAUUCUGUAUUUUAUUAACAGAAUUAUUGCAACAUUUUCCUGAACAUACCGAUGUAGCCGAUGUUAUCAAGAUUGCUGAAAAAGAAUUUGGCCAUUUCAAAAGUGAUUUCGAUUCUGAGCUAACAAUAGCCUGGACUUUGUUCAUUAGUUGUUUGUUGAAAAGCAAACGAAUCACUAAUGACACAGAUAAAGAAAUAAUUACGAAACUCUUUGAAAAUUUAUUCUUGAUUGGCUGCAAGAAAGAUUAUGUCGAAAUUAUUGUUUGUUCAUUGAUGAAUAGCUUUUACGAAAUAUUUUCUGAUGACAAGGAAUUGUUUCAAGAAAUCGUGGUUGAUCGGCUCAUGAAAAUGGAUGAACAUGGCAAUAUGCUAUUCAAAACCUAUCUUAUACUGUUAUGUUUUCAAAGAUUUAAAUUGUCUAAAGAAUAUAUAGUGAAAAACGUCUACAAAUCCAAUAGCAAAGAUUUCACGAACAUAAUCAAAUUGAUUAAAGAAACGAGUAAAUUUCAGCCAAAUAUCCAUCCAAUCAUAGAAUUAUUUACUGUCUUAAUCAAACAAAUCGACGGCGACAAUUUGGAUGAAUAUUUUUCCAAAUUGAUUGAAGGAAUUUUCAAAGUUGACAUGGUAAAAACAUCGUUAGGAUUUGACAUUAUUCCAAUCAUGCUGGACAAUGUAUCACACCAUUCUCAGAUCAAAACUAUUCUAUCGCCCACCGUGAUUCGACUUCUUAUUCAAACGUUAUCGAAUAAACAACACCCAUUGAACAAAGCUGCAUUGGUUCUUUGUAAUCUACUUGAAAAUUAUUCAUUGAAAAUCAAAGAUCAAACUAGUUUGCAGAUUGAAUUUGCCCGAUGUUUUAUUGAUAAACCUGGAUCGAUAAAUUUUGAUGAAUUAUCGCGAUCAAAAUUAUUGUUUAAUAUUCUGAAAAAUUUUAGUAAUGAUUCGAUCAAAGAAUGGAUAUCGAUUCUAAUGGAUUUGAUGAUCAAACAGGACAACGUUGUGGCCAGUGAUUUUUAUCGUGUACGUUGUCUACAACAAAUAACACACCUAUUGAAAUGUUAUACGGGUGAUGAUGAAUUUUUAAUGAAAAAUUGCAAAAUUUUUCUUGUCUUUACAUAUUUUGAACGAUUUUCGGAAGAUUUAAUAUUGGACAAUGAUAGUGGAGAAAAAUUGAAAAGAUUCAAAUAUCCAAUAAGUGAAAAACUUCGCCGACAGUUUAAAAGUUCAUUUCAAAAUGUUAUUGUUCAUUUAUAUGCCAUAUCAUCUACUGUGUCAACCAAUUCUGGUUCCAUUACUUUCAAAAACAAACUUGCAAACCAAAUAGAAAUGCUGACUCAACUAAAAGAUUUUAUAAUGGUUUUGAUUAAAGAUAAAAAAUUGGAAUUAGUAAACAAACAAAUUUCAAUGAAAAAAUUCCGAGAGGUAUUAUUGGAAAUUAACGAAAAAUUCGACUCCAUCAAAACCGAAGAGAAUAAAUGCUACGUUUUUCGUUUAUUUUAUCUUCAUUUCUUAAUCGAAUCAUUUGAAAAUUUAUCCGAUAUACAAACCAUUUUGCCUGAUUUCAAUGAAUGUUUUAAUCGAGCAUUUUCCGACAAAAAUCCAAAAGAAAAAUCAAGCGAUCCUCUUUGGUCGGAUGUACUUGUUGACCUUUUAAUCUCUUUGAUUACUAAAUCAAAAUCUACAAAAAAUAUUAUCCUAAUGACAUUCAAAUAUCUGGUUCCAUUCAUAAGUCCAAUUGGAAUACAAAGUCUUAAUGAAGCAUUUGUAAAUGAUGGAACGAUUGAAUUUGAAGAUGAAGAUAUGGAUGAUGAGGAAGACGAUGAUGAUGAUGAUGGUGAUGGUGAAAUGGAAACUACUGAUCAGAUUGUUGAUACUGAUGAGGAUGACGAUGAAGAUGAUGACGUAUUGGAAGAUGAUACAGAGCCAGUUGAUGAUGAAUUCAAAAAGAAUGUCCUCAAAGCAUUGGGUUCAGCGGCUGAACAUGACGAUGAUGGAGAUGAUUCCGAUGAAGUUUUGAGUGAUAGUGAAAUGUUCAAAUUGGAUGAAUCUUUAGCUCAGGUUUUCAAGCAAAAAUAUGGCGAAAAAAAACGACAAGCGGAAAAAGCUUCAAUGAUCAAAUCAUUCAAACUUCGUGUGUUAGAUCUUAUUAAAAUAUUAAUCGAUCAUCAUCCAAAACUUUCAGUUGAAAUCGUAUUCACAAUUUUGACGAAUAUUUUCAAUUUUCUCAAAUCCAAUCAUUCAUCGAAGAAUUUGACUGCAUUGAACAAUAAAUGUCAGCAAUUGCUACAACAAAUUUCUAAAACUAAUCCAGUCUUCAUUGAAAACGAAAAAAUUGCAAAAGAUGAUUUUGAAAAUUUACUAACAGUGUUACUAGAAUUACAAUGCAAAUGUAAAAAUAUGGAUCUGCAAAAAUCGUUUAUCGCAUUAACAUCAUGGCUCUUGUCUUUAUCUCGAAACCAUUUGUCCGAAAAUGAUCUGGAAUUUUUCCAUGAACACAUAGAACGAAAUUUACUUAAUUUCUUUAAGCGUGCCCAUAAUGAAAUCAAGCCUGAAGUUUUUAAAACAAUCAUACCACAAUUAUACCGAGAAAACUUUUUUGACAGUUCAUUUUUUGAAAUUAUUAAUCAAUUUUCUUCCGACGACAAAGUACGGCCAUUCAAACGUUGUAUUGCCUUAGAUAUACUUGAAGGAAUUUUGAAACGUAUUAGUGAUGAUCAAAAAACAGAGUCACGAUUAAUUGAAUUUGGUGAAAAAUAUCAACGUGAAUUGUUGGAAACGUUGAAAAAAUCUCAACAAAACGAAAUCAAGAUUAUUAAUUUGUACAUCCAAGUAUUGAUGGUCAUCGAUAUAUUUUCAUUGAAAACAUCGGAAAAUAUUAAAACCGAUAUUUUACAAGCCAUCAAUUCAUUGCCGAAAAAUUUUCGACGUCAAAUCAAUAAACAAUUUGUAAACAAAUUGAAAAGCAUUGAAUCCAAUUGAUUCAAUUUAAAAAAA